GGAGGCCGUAAAAUGUACGAAGAGGAGUUGAAGGAUGUCCGCAGUCUAUUGGACAAAAUAUCCAACGAGAAAGCGGAGGUGGAAAUAGAGAGGGGCCGACUAAUGUCCGAGGCAGAAGACCUACGAGAAGCGAGUGAGUGUGAUGUGUCCAGACUAAGGAAGCUAAAUGGAAGUCUGAGUACUCAAUUAGGCCACAAGACUGCCCAAAUAGAGACCCUCUCAUUAGCCCUGGAAGAGGCAUGUGAAGAUAUGAACAAAUUAAAACGUGACUUGGAGAAUGGAGAGAAGCAAUUGAAUGUAGCACGUAGUCAGUUGGAGAGGGAGACAUUGGGGAGAAUAGAGGCAGAGAACUCUCUCCAAACAAUGAGAGAGACAGCCGUGUUUGACAGAUCAGUGAGGAGUGGGGAAGGAAUAUACGAGGAUAUGCGAGAUCAGUUGGAUGAUGAUAUGUGUCUUGUUAUGAGUAGAAUGGAAGGAAUACACCAAACUAAGGCACUCAGAAAGGAAUUGGAUGUUCGGAAACAACAAGUGAGUUCAUUGACUGACCAAAUGACCACUCUCACUGCACGUUUAAAGGAAAGGAAUCAAGAAAUUGAGAAAUAUAUUCGACAGAUUAGUCAAUUAGAGAAAACAUUGCUCGACAAGCAGGUGGAGAUGGAUGAGGCCAGUCUUGCACAUACCACACAUAUUGGGAGGACUGAACAACUCCUUUCUCACCUUACUGCCACUCUGGAUAAUACUCUCGAUGAACAUCACGACUUGUUUGCAGCCAAAGUCCGGCUGGAUACGGAAAUCGGGGCUUACCGUACUCUCAUGGAGAAGGAGGAGACGAGACUUGAGUUGGAUGGGCCACGGAAGAGGAGACGAGAUUCCCUCUGCUCUCUUUCUACGGGGGAUGUCCGUAUUGUACAUCAGUCUGAUGAUACUGUCAAACUCCACAACACUGCCGACACUGUAAUCACAUUUCUCAUUCUAGACUGUCGAUGUGUCAGCCUGGCUGCUUACUCAGACUGUACUCUCACAACAAGUGUCCUUUCUCUUUCCCCCUCAGACUACACUCCCUCCCCAAGGAUAUUGUAAUAUAUAUAGUCCUGACUCCACUCAUGAUUCACAACAUCUCUCCUUUGCACUACAAUAUCCCUGGUUGGCUGGACAUCCUUCUAUUAUUCGAUUGUUUGAUGCCAAUAACGUGCAAGUCGCCAAACGUUACUUCACUACUCCAGUCAAGCAA